AUGUCGUAUAUUCAGGGAUCUCAAGGAUAUAAACAAUAUGACAUUCCCAUGAUUAUAGCAAAGAAAAAUAGAGUAUUUUAUGGUAAAAACUUGAUUCAAAACCAAAUAUUCCAUAAUAUAUUCAAUGCAAGUUUACAAUUAGCUCAUGCUCAUUGUCAAAAUACAUUUAAAUGGGAUCAAUGGAAUUGUCCAGAAGAAGAUUUUCAUUCAAAACGAAUAUCACAGAAUAUAUUAUUAGAUCGAGAAACAGCAUUUGUAUCAGCAAUAACAACAGCCUCCUUAAUAUUUACAAUAAUAAAAAAUUGUACAGAAGGAAAUUUAUUAAAAUGUAGUGAUGCUUGUAAUAAAUCUGAUAAAAAUCAAUUUGGUAUUUGCGAUAAUAAUAUAAAAUUUGCUGAAACUUUAACUGAUCAAUUAACAAAUGAAGAAAUAGCAAAUGAUGCUCAUGGUUACGCCAUUUUACAUAAUAAUAGAGCUGCUAAAUUAGCAAUUAAAAAUUCAUUAAAAAAAUAUUGCGGUUUCAUCGAUUAUGAUAAUAAACCAAAAAAUGUUCUUGCAUAUGUUCAUGAAUCAUUAAAUUAUUGUAAACCAAAUAUUAUAACUAAUUGGAAAGGUAUGAUUGGACGUCAGUGUUCAAGAACAAAAAAUAAAGAAUCGUCAUUAGAAGAAAGACGUUCAUGUAGAAAUUUAUGUCGUGCAUGUGGAUUAAAAGGUUUCCAAGGGAAAUUUUGA